AUGGUCAGCUCCUGUUGUGGCUCUGUCUGCUCUGAGCAGGGCUGUGGCCAAGGCUGCUGCCAGGAGAGCUGCUGCCAGCCCAGCUGCUGCCAGCCCACCUGCUGCAGGACCACCUCCUGCCAGCCCAGCUGCUGUGUGUCCAGCUGCUGCAGGCCCCAGUGCUGCAUCUCCAGCUGCUGCCGCCCCACCUGCUGUCGCCCAACUUGUUGUGUAUCCAGUUGCUGCGGCCCCACCUGCUGUCGCCCCAGCUGCCGGCCCAGCUGCUGUGUGUCCAGCUGCUGCAGGCCCCAGUGCUGCCAGUCUGUGUGCUGCCAGCCCAGCUGCGGCCGCCCCAGCUGCUGCCGCCCAACUUGCUGCGUGUCCAGCUGCUGCAGACCCACCUGCUGCAUCUCCAGCUGCUGCCGCCCCUGCUGUGGUGGUGCCAGCUGUGGUGGAUCCAGCUGCUGCCGCCCCACCUGCUGCAUCUCUAGCUGCUGCAGACCCUCCUGCUGCCAGUCCCCCUGCUGCCGUCCUUCCUGCUGUGUGUCCAGCUGCUGCAGGCCCCAGUGCUGCAUUUCCAGCUGCUGCCGCCCCAUCUGCUGCCAGACCACCUGCUGCAGGACCACCUGCUGCCGCCCAGCAUGCUCCAGUGCUUCUUGCUGCUGA